ACCGCUAGCAGUCGCCGCCUCCUGCAAGUGCCAGAGCCGGGCGGGCGGCUCGGAGGCUGCGGUGGCAGUGGCCGCGGAGCCGGCCCUGCGGGGCCCCGGGGGGGAGGGGGAGCCGCGAAGCCCCCGCCGAGGCCGCCACCGCAGGGCCUCCCCUCCCUCCCCCCCGGGAGGGCGCCAUGCGGGGGGGCCCGAGCGAUGCGGAGCGGCGGCAGCGCUGGGGUCGCCUCUUCGAGGAGCUGGAUAGUAACAAGGAUGGCCGCGUGGACGUGCGCGAGUUGCGCCAGGGACUGGCCCGGCUGGGCGGGGGCAACCCGGACCGCGACACCCAACAGGGCAUCUCCCCCGAGGGUGACACUGACCCAGGUGGUGGGCUGGACCUGGAGGAGUUUUCCCGCUACCUACAGGAGCGGGAACAGCGUCUGCUGCUUCUCUUCCACAGUCUGGACCGGAAUCAGGAUGGUCAUAUUGAUGUAUCUGAGAUCCAGCAGAGUUUCCAGGCCCUAGGCAUUUCCAUCUCGCUGGAGCAAGCCGAGAAAAUUCUGCACAGCAUGGACCGUGACGGCACGAUGACCAUCGACUGGCAGGAAUGGCGCGACCACUUCCUGUUGCAUUCGCUGGAGAAUGUGGAGGAUGUGGUCUAUUUCUGGAAGCAUUCUACGGUCUUGGACAUUGGUGAGUGCCUGACUGUCCCUGAUGAGUUUUCAGAGCAGGAGAAGCUGACUGGCAUGUGGUGGAAGCAGCUGGUGGCGGGUGCGGUGGCAGGGGCUGUGUCGCGGACAGGCACGGCCCCUCUGGAUCGCCUCAAGGUCUUCAUGCAGGUCCACGCCUCCAAGACCAACAAGUUAGACAUCCUGGGGGGUCUCAAAAGCAUGAUCCAAGAGGGGGGCAUGCGUUCCCUGUGGCGUGGCAAUGGGAUUAACGUGCUCAAGAUUGCACCUGAGUCGGCGAUCAAGUUUAUGGCCUAUGAGCAGAUCAAGAGGGCCAUUCGGGGGCAGCAGGAGACACUGCACGUGCAGGAGCGCUUUGUGGCUGGCUCCCUGGCUGGCGCCACAGCCCAAACCAUCAUUUACCCCUUGGAGACCCUGAAGAACCGGUGGCUCCAGCAGUAUAGCCACGACUCGGCCGACCCAGGCAUCCUCGUGCUCCUGGCCUGUGGCACCAUCUCCAGCACCUGUGGCCAGAUAGCCAGCUACCCCCUGGCCCUGGUCCGGACCCGCAUGCAGGCCCAAGCCUCCAUCGAGGGUGCCCCCCAGCUCUCCAUGCUGGGUCUGCUCCGUCACAUCCUGUCCCAGGAGGGCGUGUGGGGCCUCUACCGGGGCAUUGCCCCCAACUUCAUGAAGGUUAUCCCGGCUGUGAGCAUCUCCUAUGUGGUCUACGAGAACAUGAAGCAGGCCCUGGGGGUCACGUCCAGGUGAGGGACCCAGAGCCUGACCCACCCCAGAUCCCUCACCUCAAUCAUGACAUCCCCCACACCCCAGGCACUGGAGACUGAUGGCCCAGCCAGUGGAUCCCAGGGCUCCCCACACUAAAUCACAGGAUCCCCCACUUUAUCCACUGGGUCCUGCACCCCUGUAUCGCAGCUACUGAGCCCACACACACAAGGGGUUCUGGACCUCCAUGACUUAACCACGGGAUCCCCCACAACCUGACUAAUGGACCCUGACAGCCCAACUACAGAAGCGCACAUCACCAUACCCAAACAGCCACCCCCGAGCCCCUGUAGGCCCCAGAUCCAGCACUGGGUCCUAGAUCCCCAGACCCACUGGCGGAUCCCAGAUCCCCAUGCUUCCAGCCCUGGAUCUCCAAGCUCGGCCACUGGAUUCUGGAUAUCAAGAAGCCUCAGCCUCCGGAUCCUGACAAUGCAAUGCCUAGAUCCCGGGGCCCCCGCUACUGGAUCCCAGAUCCCCUCACCCCAACUACUGGAUUCCUGAAUUCCUUUACCUUGACACUGAGUCCCGGAUCCCUCUGCUUGACUACUGGAUUCCCUACAUUUCAACCACUACACCCUCAACCCCCAACCACCGGAUCUUGGAUUCCCAAGCCCUGACCGGCUGGAUCCUGGCUCCUAAAUCCACAAUGUGAGCCCAACGGCUGAGCGAGUGGGUCCUGGUGACUGCGGCUGUUGGACCCCCAAACCCCUUCACCACAGGCACUGGAUGCUGAAACCUCACCCAUAGGAGGCAGACCCCCCCACACCCUUCCAAGCACUGGAUCCCAGCCCCUUAACCCCUGGAUUCUGACCAGAAUCCUCCCAGGCACUGGAUCCUGAAUGCUCAGACUCCAAGUCUGGAUAGAUCCCAAUAAGCCAAUGACAGCUUCCUGGAUCCCCCGUGCCCCUGUCCCAGACACACCCCAGAGCCCAGGGUCCCAUGCCACAAAGCCCAGGGUCUAAGGGGCCUGUUGGAAGCCUAGGUCCUGGCCUCCUGCUUUCAGAAGACCCAUGGGACCUGUCCAAAGUCCUGACAUGACUAGAAGCCAGCAGCCAGGGAAGGAGAUGCCCCCUCCCAUGUCCUAGGCAGAGGCUGGACAUGCCUGCCACCCACCCAGCAUGGCUGUACCUCCGGUCCCCGUUGCAAAACUGCCCCCCACCCCUGACAACGCACUGCGGUGUCUUCCAUUCCCUUCCCACCUUUAGGCUGAUGAUAACCUCCCAUCGCUGUCUCUUGGGGGCUGUCAAGGGGACAAUCUGAGGCCGGGGACACAUUAUGGGGACUCCCCCAAACACAUCCCAGCACUGCCAGCCUCUACCCGGGCUUCAGGGUUGGGAGCCAGGAGCAAGCCUACAUAGACUAGCCUUCCAGGGAGCCAAGCAUCCAGUUAUGCAAAACAAACAAGCCAAAUCCCCCAAACUCACUCCAGGUCUAUUUUUCUACCAGAGAGGAGCAGACAUUCCUCCCCCUCAGAUAACUCAAGCCCCCCGCACUGCCCCCCCAGGACCCUGUACAUUCUGCACUUUAUAGUUGGGUUUUGAGUGUAGCAUAAUUGGGGGACCCCUCCUGUCCCUCCUCCCAAGUCCUUGGGGAACCCCAGGAAAGGACUACAAAAGAGCAACUGGGUUGUUUGGGGAGGCUGGAGGACCCCCCCUUAUGGCUUCCACCCACCCCACCCCCACCUACACCAUGUCCCACCUCCUUGCCUGCGUGUGUUAUUUCAAAGGAAAAGAACAAAAGGAAUACACUUUCUAAGCUCUU